AUGCGGAACGCAGCCGAAGGGAAAGAGAGGGCGUCAGACGGGGUGCGCAUUCUUACCCCCCCGGGGGUCCGCAGGCGGAGCGGCUUCCCUGACAACGGUACCCCCCCGGAAGAAAGACGGGGCGGAAAACGCGCCCGGAAGAGCCUCUUCGCGUCCUCUCAGGGGCCCGUCUUCGACGUUUUCACUCGCGCCGGGGGGGACGCGAAGGCUGUGGAAAAAGGGGGGGAGGACGAUGGGGGUGUGCCGGUGGGAAAGCUGCUGUUUGAGAUCAGUCCAAACACGGGGCGAGUGCAUCUGUACCGGGGGGGUAAAAGUAGGGCGUCUGGAGGAGGGGGCGCGGAGUUGCUGGCGCUCAACUUUCCAAGGGAGGAGUUGGCAAAGCUGAAGACGGAAGAGGACGUCAGACCGGACCAGCACUUAAUCUUACUAGGGGCCCCUCCCGAAACUCCUGCUGACGUGCGCCGCCCACCUGCGCGCCGCCCGCCAGUUCCUGGACGAGUGGACCAAGCUGCGUCCGAUUCUUCGGUCGACGCUCCAGGGAAUGCCCCUCAAAGCACCGCUUGA